UUUUUUUUUUAAGAUUCUUAAAUAUAAAAAUUCCUAUUGGCAUAAGCCUAACUUAAGUAAACAUUCCAUUCAUUUUGAAAGUUUUGUAUCUUUUGAAUAUUGGCAUCAAGACAAGAGAACAACUACCACCAGAAUGUUGUAUGUUUGGUUCGAAACCAAAUAUGAUGUAAACUGUUUUUUCACAAGUAAUAGAAAAGGUAGAACUUUUGGGCUUGGAUUUUUGAAAAAAAAGAGAGAAAAGUAUGAAAGAGAGCUAUGGAACCCCUUUUUUAAUUAAAGGGGGACGAACAAAAAAAGAUUAACUACAGAGAUGAAAAAUUAUAAUCAGGAAUAGCAAAUGUAUAAAUAUAGCAUAGACGAGUGCAUGCAUUAGUAAGUCUCUCUGCUCAGCGGAAUUAGAAGAUGCAUGUGUACGUAGAUAUGGUGCAAACGCAGAUUAGUGAAGCGCCAACAGUUGAGCUUCACUGUUACAAAAAACGUUAGAAAGAAAUUGUUUUUAUAAUAUGCAUCAGUUCAAAGAAAUUUCACCGGCACUAGUGCUACUCACUUUAUGGGUUUUUGGAAAUAAGUGGAACAUCGCUGGAGGACAAAAUAGCCUUCAAACUGAAGUAAGAAAAUGUACUCUCGUCAAACGACAAAUAUUCGAAGAGGUGAAAACGUUUAGUGCUUUUAUACAUGGAGCCGAAGAAUUGAAAUUUACUAUAGAUAAUUGUAAACCAUAUGCUCCUCUCAUAGUAGGGGGAAGUCCAGCGAGCCCCAAAGAAUUUCCGCACAUUGCACGUUUAGGUCACGAAAGUAAAAAUAAGCCAACCGAAUGGUUUUGUGGAGGUACUCUUAUAAGUGAGAAAUUUGUUUUGACUGCAGCGCACUGUUUCACAACAAACCGUGGCGAAGUAAACAUUGUGCGGUUAGGAGAUUUGGACUUUGGCAGAGAAUCGGAUGAUGCGCGGCCAGAGGACUUCCGUGUUCGACGCUACAUAGAGCAUAAAGACUACAACAGUGCAACAAUUUACAAUGACAUAGCACUCGUAGAACUGGAACGAUCUGUAACUUUUGAUGCAUAUAAACAUCCUGCAUGUUUGCCCACCAAAUCUGGGAACGAAUUUCAAAAAUUGGUGGCUAUUGGUUGGGGAAGCACACGUUUCGCCGAAUCUGAUUCGAAAAAACUUCUUAAAGUAACACUCGAUCGGCUGGGCCUCGAUCAAUGUCAACGUCUUACCGAAUCUUCGGAUGUGGAUCAACUUCCCAAGGGUGUGGAGGAUCAUUUACAAAUAUGUGCUGGUUCGAAUGAAACAAAAGAUACUUGUAGCGGUGAUUCGGGCGGUCCAUUAUUAGCAUACCAUCCCGAUUAUCCGUGUAUGUACACCGUUGUUGGCAUAACAUCAUUCGGAAUUGGCUGUGGUACACCCGACCAACCGGGUAUUUAUACCCGAGUGUAUAACUACAUUGAAUGGAUACGGAAUAAUGUUUGGGAGCAAACUUAGAAUAAACAUGCUUAUACACUAGUUACCAAACAAUUAAAAAAUAUAUAUAUAUUCCUUACGAGUACAUGUGUACGAGUAUUAUAUAUCUAUAUGAUUAUAUAUAAUAUUCUAACAUACAUAAGUCGAAAUUUCAAAUUAACUUGGUGUAUAAAAAAUUAUUUAUAAAGCAUUAAAGAACUAAAGUUAAUAAGAACUCAGUGGAAUUAAACAUCUACAUUUGCUUAUCCAAAUACCUCGAAAUAAAAUAAAACAAACGCUAAUACAAUUAAA